GUACUGUGCCCUGCCCAGGAACCCCAGUGUCCUAGAGCCAAGCAAGGGUCUCUGGGCUGCAGGACAGUGAGAACAACAUGGAAAGUUGAGGGCACCUGGGAAGGGUUUCAAGCUAUAAGUUCAGUCUGUAUCCACCAUUACCUCCACAGAGCUGCUGGUCAUCGUUUUCCUGCUCAAAAAAGUUUCAUCUGAACUUAGAAUAAAAUCCAAAUGCCUCAUCUGACCUACACAUCCUUCAUUAUUGGACCAUUACCUGCCUCACCUUAACUUACAUUCUACUCCCCUCCCCUUUACUCACCUCUGCCACACUGGCCUGCCUUCCCUUAUUAUGUAGACAUGGCCAACUGAUUCCCGCCCCGGGGCCUUUGCACUUGCCCAUUGUUUUGCCUAAAAUGCAUCCCUUAAGCCCACAUGACACAUACAUGCCUCUGUCUUUCUGUGUUUGCUCACCUUUCAUUUUCUCAAUUGCACCCCAAUAUCGCAUCCUCCCUGCACUCUAUCCCAUCACCCUGUUUAUUAUGUUCAUAGUACCUCUCACUAUUUGUAAUUUACUUUGUUUGUUGUCUGUCUCCUCCACUUAGAGAAUAAGUUCCAUGAGGGCAGGGACUGCUUUUCUCACGUUCAAUUAUGAAUCCCCAGGCCCUAGAGCAGUAGCCAACAAAUAAUUGUUGAAUAAAUGAAUGAAUGAAAACAGGGAAGACCCAUAUACAAGCUCCUUGUGAGCACAACUUCCUGAUGUCACAGGCACUGGCCUUGCCACUGCAGCACCCAUCUCACCUUGGACAACAGGAUUCCUUUCUGUCAUUUGUAAAACAGUGCCAAGGGGACUUUAAUUCACCUGCUUCAGCCUCUCUGGACAUAACGGUUAGAGUUCCUGAAGCCAAACCUGCACCUGUACUUUCUUUUUGCUCCCCACCCUGUACCAGCUCUUCCUCUCCCUCUGUGUCAGCACCCCAGCAGGCGUCAGAGUGACCUAGCUGGACCCACACUUUGCCCAGGUGCCACCCACCUCCCCCAGCUGAUCCUUUGACUUCAAUUGGAGGAGAAGAGCGGUGAAGGCUUACGAUAUCAGCGGUGCUACCUGCUUUGUGAUCUGAACAAAUAACAGGGCGAAGGCUCAACUCUAACUCGGUGCCGUGAUGAAUUACUCAGUGCCUGCUGCAGGCCGGGGGCUGGAGAUCCCCUGCGAGGAAGUUUUUAGCUGGGAACUUUCUGUAAGCUUUCCAGGAAUGAGCCGGAGAGGGAACACUCAAGUUGGGGGCUUGCUGAUAAUACACCAGUCACACAGCUGCUCCAUUCCCACAUAAAUUUAGUCCUUGGCUGGUCACACUGACACAUUUCCCUGAAGGUGGCCAGAGGGCUCAUGCAGCCAGCCGGUUAUGAAACACCGAGAAGUAUAAAAGCCUGCUAGCCCUCUGGGCUGUUUUUCCCCUGACAGAGAUGGAAGCUGUGAGCAGGCUUGUCCCCUUGGCCCUUUUCAUGGUGCCGUGUUUGGCAGAGUUCAACUGGACCCAGUCUGAAGGCAAAUCUAGCUGCCGGGCCACCGUGGGAGGCACCAGCCAAUCGGAUGCCCAUAGAGCCCUAAUCCUGCAACUCAAUCCCAAUGAGGACUGCACCUGGACACUAGAAAAACCAGAAAACAAAAGCAUCAGAAUCAUUUUUUCCCACUUCCAGCUGGAUCCCAGUGGAGGGUGUAAAAAUGAAAACAUUAAAGUUUUUGAUGGAAACUCUACCAAGGGGUCUCUGCUCGGGAAAGUCUGCAGUAAACAUGACUACGUUCCUGUUUUUGAGUCAUCAUCCGAUACGUUAACAGUUCAAAUAGUCACCGAUUCCGUAAGAAUGCAAAGAACUGUCUUCAUCUUCUACUACUACUUCUCACCCGGCACCUCUAUUCCAAACUGUGGUGGUUACUUGGAUGCCUCCGAAGGAUCAUUUACCAGCCCCAAUUACCCAAAUCCACAUCCUGCACUGGCUUAUUGCGUGUGGCACAUACAAGUGGAGAAAGGUUACAAGAUAAAAUUACACUUCAAAGACAUUUUCAUAGAAGUGGACGAAUACUGCAGAUUUGACUUCAUUGCCGUUUAUGAUGGCUCCUCCACCACCUCUGGCCUGCUUGGACAAGUGUGUGGCUACGUGAAGCCCACCUUUGAAUCCUCGUCGAACUCGCUGACUGUUGUGCUAUCUACAGAUUACGCCAACUCCUACCGAGGCUUCACUGCUUCCUACACUUCAGUUUACGCGGGAAACGUCAACACUACAUCCUUAACUUGCUCCUCAGACAAGAUGAGAGUUAUCAUUAGUAAAUCCUACCUGGGAUUAUUAAAAUAUAGCGAGAAUAACUUACAACUAAAUGACCCAACUUGCAGACCAAAGAUAUCAAAUGUGGUGGAAUUUUCUAUUCCUCUGGAUGGAUGCGGUACAGUCAAAAAGGUAGAAGAUCAUUCAAUUACUUACACCAACAUAAUCACUCUCAUUCCGUCCUCCGCAUCGGAAGUGAUCACCCGCCAGAAACAUCUCCAGAUUGUUCUGAAGUGUGAAAUGGAACGUAAUUCUACUGUGGAGAUGAUGUACAUAACAGAAGAUGACAUAAUACAAAAUCAAAAUGUGCUGGGCAAAUAUAACACAAGCAUGGCUCUUUUUGAAUCCAAUUCAUUUGAAAAGCCUCUGCUGUCACCAUAUUAUGUGGAUUUGAACCAAACUCUUUUUGUUCAAGUCAGCGUCCACACCUCGGAUCCAGAUUUGGUGGUUUUUCUUGAUACCUGUAUUGCCUCUCCCACAUCUGACUUUGCAUCCCCAACCUAUGACCUCAUCAAGAGUGGAUGUAGUCGAGAUGAGACUUGUGAGGUGUAUCCGUUUUCUGGACACUAUGGAAGAUUCCAAUUUAAUGCCUUUAAAUUCUUGAGAAAUCUGGGCUCCGUGUAUCUACAGUGUAAGAUUUUGAUAUGUGACAGUAGUGACCAUCAGUCUCGCUGCAACCAAGGCUGUGUCUCUAGAAGGAAACGAGACAUUUCUUCAUACAAAUGGAAGGCGGAUUCUGUCAUAGGACCUAUUCGUCUGAAAAGGGAUCAAAGUGCAAGUGGAAAUUCAGGAUUUCAGUAUCAAAUACAUGGAGAAGAAACUCAGAAUCAACCUUUCAACAGUCUGCAACUAUGUUUAUUCGUGGCCCUUGCUCUGAAUGUAGUGAUUGUGGCUACGAUCACAGCAAGGCAUUUUGUGAAGCAGAGAACAGACUACAAGUACCAGAAGCUGCAGAAUAUGAACUAAUGGGUUCAGCCUUAAGUGAGACACGUUUCUCCUGAACACCAAAGGAAAUGGUACCCAUUAUGAAUAAAUUAGGGAGAGCCUCAUAAGAGUGAUGCACAGGUCUUGCUGUCAUUGUGGUCAGUGUGCUGCCUUGCAGGGUGGUUGAAAUGAGCGAACAUUAUGUAAGUUAGGUCUCAUGGUAAAGACCUGAAGCCACCAAAAUAUUAAAUGAAUUGAAAGCAUCCUUUUUCACAAAGCAUUUUCAGUAAAUAAUUAGGUGAAAGGAAAAAAAAAAGACGUAAGUCUUCAGCAUUAGAUGUAUUUAUUUUCUAGAUGCAAAUGUGUUACCUUUUGAAACAUAUAUGAACGUUAUAAUUUCUGAAACGAAGUGUGACAAAGAGAA